AUGUCUAUCGUUGUUUGUUCUGCGACGGACGACCAUCGACAGACCGAGACUCCCGGAGCUGAGGACACCGAGGUGGUUGAGACGUUGUUUAGAGGUCGUCUGACGCCGGCCGCCACCGCAAACAGCGUUUUUCUCUUGAGGUCGCAAAACAUCUUCAAUAAAGCGCCUGUUUUUGCACCCAUGGCGACAUGUCCUGUUGUCAUGCGGCGUCUGGUCGCUUCACAUACAAUCAUGAGACUAGAGACGGUGGUUUGCAAGUGUGAAACUAGGCCAAACGUGUUUCGAAUCCGGAAUUCGAUCGAAACGCGUCGUCUGUUGGAACCGUUGGAACCUGCGGGCCACGAAGACCCGGAAACGGCUCCAGACUAG